AAAAUCCAGGCAGAAGCUCUUGGCUCCACACUAGAAAUGUUAGAUAAAAAUCAUCGGGUCCUAAAUAUCAAAACAAUCAAAAUGGCGGCGUCUUUCAGGAGGACGAUCCUGAAGCUCUCACUGUUGCAGGAGACUUCGCGUUCAGUUAGAUUUUCGGUGAAAGACAGAAGUCAGUACCGUUUCCUGUGGUCAGUCCAAAAACACAAUAUACAAGUUGAACAGUCACAGAAUAAACCUUUCCCAGUACGAUGGGUGUCAGUUUAUACAGAAGAUACCCCAAACCCCAGAAGUUUAAAGUUCCUUCCUGGGAAACCUGUGCUGGGAACCGGAACGCUAGACUUCCCGAAUUCAAGUUCUGCAGAUUGUUCCUCUUUAGCCAGGAAUCUUUUUCAGGUUGAAGGGGUGAAAAGUGUGUUUUUUGGCCCUGAUUUUAUCACACUUACAAAGAUGAAUGAUGAUGUUGAGUGGGCAGACGUUAAACGGCAUGCGAUUGAGAUUAUCACCAAGUUCUUUGAAAGUGGAGAAGCUGUAACAACAGGAGUAACGCAUCCAGAGAGCAAUGUGUCAGAGGAGGAUGAUGAGAUUGUCUCAAUGAUCAAAGAGCUUUUAGACACUCGAAUCAGGCCUACAGUACAGGAGGAUGGAGGAGAUGUCAUCUUUAAGGGCUUUGAGGAUGGCACAGUGAAGCUGAAACUUGUUGGCUCUUGCACAGGCUGCCCCAGUUCCAAAGUUACUCUGAAAAGCGGCAUACAGAACAUGCUGAGGUUUUACAUUCCAGAGGUGGAUGAUGUUGAACAGGUGGAGGAUGAAGUGGAUGAAGUCAACAUGAAUGUGUUUUUAGAACUGGAGAAAAAAUUAAAAGACUCAUAAGCUAUAAGCCGCUAGCCGUUUUGAUGAAGAUUUUCGACAUGUCCAGAGUGGAAGCCCAUGACCAUUAACUAGCUCCAUUAUAGUCCAUUAUGUGACCUCUAAUAAAUGAUUCAUCUUACAUUAUCCUGGUCAGGGUAGCAAUGGAGCUGGAGACAGGUCUAGUAAAACCAGGUGUGGGUUGGGAAUACAUACUGGAUGGGACGGCAGUCUGUCACCAUGCGCACACAUACACACACAUUUGUACAUAUACACACUCCUUCAUGCUGGCCUCCUUUUUGUGUAAUGUAGUGUGAAAGCAGAUAUAUAAUUUUUUACAGUAUAGUAAAACCUAAUAAUAAUAAUAAUAAUAAUAAAGAAUAUUAAAAUACAUCAUUAACAAAUAAGUCAUAUGUUUUUCAAUUUUUAUUUCUUUAACAAUUCUAUGCUAUAAAUUCUCAAAUUCAGCAUACCCAUUGUUUUAUCCUACAUUGUACAUAAUUAAGGUAGGAUUUAAAGAUGGGACUAAAUCUGUCGGUGUUCCACUAAUAUCACAAGGAAACUUUAGCUUAAAGUUUAAUGCAAACUAUUCAAAAGCAUGACUGUUGUGCUGCUUGAAGUGCUUUAGUGUAGGUAGAGGAGUAAAUUUCACUCUGAAACUGUAAAUUUUAAGGCAACUGAUUUGAGUUGUGCAUGUUCUACUCAUGCUCUUUCCUACUCCCAAGUAUGGUGCCUUGUGAAUCCAGGCUUUGGAUUUGACAUGACCCUGACCAGAAUAAAGCUGUUACUGAAACAC